AUGUUGAGAAGACAGGCACGUGAAAGGAGAGAGUAUUUGUACCGGAAGGCGCAGCAGCUCCAGGAGGCGCAACUUGCCGAGAAGAGGCAGGUGAUCAAGCAGGCUUUGGAGCAAGGGAAGCCGUUGCCCAGGGAACUGGCUGAGGAGACGCAGCUACAGGAGGACUACCGGUACGACCAGUCGACGAAUCUUGCUGAGGAGGAGAUCGACGACGAGUACUCGCAUACGAGCGGUGUCGCUGACCCGCGUAUCGUGGUCACCACUUCGCGUGAUGCCAGUACGAGGCUGCUGCAGUUUGCAAAGGAGAUAAAACUGAUGUUCCCACAGGCGACGAGGUUGAACCGUGGUAACAUAAUCAUUUCGAAUCUCGUCGGUGCGUGUAUCAAGUCCGGGACCUCCGAUUUGAUAGUGUUGCACGAACACAGGGGUGUCCCCACAAGUCUAACCAUAUCACAUUUCCCACAUGGGCCUACUGCAUCGUUUAGUUUGCACAACGUUGUGCUGAGACACGAUAUACUGAACAGGGGGAACGUUUCCGAGAUGAACCCUCAUUUGAUAUUCGACGGGUUUACGACAAAAUUGGGCGAGAGAGUUGUUUCGAUCCUCAAACAUCUAUUCGCUCCUGGCACGAAACCAACGAGCCAGCGGGUCAUCACGUUUGCCAACAGGGGGGACUUCAUCAGCGUCAGGCAGCACGUUUACGUUAAGACGAAGGAUAGCGUUGAGUUGGCGGAGGUGGGCCCGCGAUUCGAGAUGAAGUUGUACGAGCUGAGACUGGGGACUAUGGAUAACAAGGACGCGGAUGUGGAAUGGCAAUUGAAACGGUUUGUCAGGACGGCAAACCGGAAAGACUAUCUGUAA